UUAUUAGGCUAUCGCAAAUUUCUAAACCACAAAAUCUUAUUUUGUCAGAAUUAUCUGAAAAAGAAAAACAUUUUCUCUCAAAGUGAAGAUACAACGAAGAAGACUCAUUAAUACAUAAGAAAAUAGAUUGCAAUUUGCGUAAAUCGCAUAGUGAUACGAGAAAGUACGAUAGUUGAUUAUAUAAAUGGCGCUAUUAUAUUAAGUGGUCGAUGAAGUUAUUAUGUUCGCACUUUGUUGAAGCCACAGAUAUUCGAAUACAUAAAAGAAACUGGGUCAGUGGGUCGAUCUUAGCCAGUAUUUAUUACAACGAGUAAACGAAUGAACAUUCACGCAAGACUUGAAAUUUAUGAAAUUUUUUGUCGAAGUCAAAACGACAACGUCAAACUAAUAUUGCAAAAAUGCAUCUCAUAGCAAAGCGUAGUAAAUCGAUCUUUAACAGUAUAUUAUCUUUAAUAUCUUUUUACAUUAUAAAUUGUUUCAGUGUAAGCAAGCAAUCUUUCAACAUGAAAUUUAAUAAUCAUUUUUAUAAUAUCAGUUAUUGUGCGAAUAACAGUAGACUACCGUCACGAUCGGUGUCUCAUUAAAUCCGACGUGGGUUUGCCGAAGAAAGUGACUUGACUUCUAAGGUGGGGAGAAAGUGACCCAGAGAGGUCUGGGCUACGACUCCGGCAUCAUCCAAUCUUUUCCUCUCAGUCGUCUGUGACAAACGAUUGGGUGUAGAAUACUGUCGUGAUAUCAAGUCAAUUAUUUCAUGCGAGUCAUAAUCAUGACAAGCAAGACGGUCAUGCAAUUAUGUUCUACACUUAUGCUUCUCAUGUUGAUAAGCAUCAGUGUAGUAUGUGCGUCAUCCUUAACCCAGUUAGAAUUAUCGCCUGUUAUGAAUCAUGGUCCAUGGGCAGAGAUCCUUGAAAAUUGGAUCGUCCUUCAAUCCAACAAUUCUCGUGCCGCACGUGCAAUGAAAAUUGGUGAUAAAACUGUGACAGUAUCGAGCAAAAUUACCACGACAAAUAAUAAAAGAGACGUUUCCGAAACCGAUCUAUAUUUACUUGGUGCAAUCGAGAAAUUGGUCUACAGAGUGGAUCAUCUGGAAAAACGUCUAAGAAGAGCAGAAGAAUUGUUAUACUACGUUAUUUCUGGGAACAAUAAAAUGAAAGAACCUUGCCCUGCCAAUUACACGAGAAUGGGCCAAAACUGCUACCAUUUCAGUAAUCGUGAUUUUAAUUGGAAAUCAUCAGCAAGUCUUUGCCGUGGUAUGGGUGGACAUUUAGUCGAAUUCGAUACGAUCGAAGAGAGUCAAGAUGUAAUAGCCGGUUUGAUGUCGGAUUCAAAAUUGAAGGGCAAAAAUUUCUGGACAGGAGGCCUAAAUCCAGGACUUUUAUGGAUCUGGGCCAGCAGUGCCAGACCUGUUCAUCAAGAUACUAAACAGUCCGUCAUUGGUGAUGGCAGGUGCUUAAAAUUAACUUUCAAUGCAUCGUCGAAGAUUUAUUCCUACCGAGGUGAGGAUUGCGGUCUCAGACAAAAAUAUAUCUGCGAAUUGACGACCGACGACGAAUCGGCAAACAAGAUCGAAAGAACAGCACGAAUGUUAAUUGAUAAGAGUAAUUAAUCACGAUGAAUAAAGGUAGAAUAGAAAACAUAUUUUUUGUAAAUAUAUAUAUAUUUUUUAGUAAUUUAUGUAG